AUGACAUGUUCCACAUGUGUACAAAUGCAGUCCAAGUUAAAACUUACAACUGUUUGGGCAAAUGAGGGUACAACUAACAUCCAGAUAUCUGCAGUUACUAGACAUGAUCAGAGCACUGAACACAGUAAUGCGUGCACUGCUAUGGAAAAACAGGAAGUUCAGACUAUUCUAGAGAAAGAUGCUGCACCUACUGAGACUGCUUUUUCUGUAGCAAAAGAAGAUGCAAUAGUUUUUAACACCAUUUACUUUGCAGCCGAAUCUGAAAUUCCAUCUAGUACUGUAAAUGGAUUACUGGAACUGCAUACCAGAAAUGGACUUGAUGUGAAGUACACCAAUCUUAGCUGGGAUUCAAUUACCAAAAUGCAAAACUCCAUUGCUCAUGUACUGAGAGACGAACUGGUAAAUGAGAUUAAAUCGUCUGGGGGUUUUGCACUUAUGUUGGAUGAAAGCACUGAUGAAACAGUUGAUAAGAGACUAAGUAUGUGUGUAAGAUAUGUUAAAGGUGGGGAACUGUUCACUAAAAUGUUAUAUAAUGUGCCUAUUGCUGACGGCCGUGCACACACUAUUGUAAACUGUGUAGUGGAAGAAUUUGAAAAGCUGGGAAUCAGUUUGGCUGAUUGUACCUCAUUAGCUACAGAUGGGGCAGCAGCAAUGAUGGGAAAACACACAGGGGCAGGAAAACAAAUGAUCAGUAAAUACUCUCCAUUUUGUGUACAGACACACUGUUUGGCCUACAGAAUAAACCUUGCUUGUUCGGACUCUGUGAAGAAAAAUUAG